AUGGAGUCGGGGGAGUAUGUCAAGGGGAGUGUUUACUUCUACGCCCCUAACAAGGGCGCUCCGGUGUUUUUUGCGAUUGUGUUUGCCCUCUCUGGGGCGUACCACACCUACCAAACCAUCCACUACAAGAGCUGGCGCCUGACCGGUCUCUACGUCUUUUGCGCCCUCCUCUUUACUGUGGGGUUCGUAAUUCGCGAGCUUGGCGCCUUUGACUACGAAGACUUGAUCAAGUUUAUCAUCAGUACUUGUUUGAUUUAUGCUGCACCCCCCCUCCUCGAACUUUCCAACUACAACGUCCUCGGCCGCAUCCUCUACUAUGCCCCAUAUCACUCCCCCAUUCACCCCGGCCGUGUGAUCAGCACCUUCGCUUUCAUCUCCUUCGUGAUCGAAGUCCUCAACGGCAACGGCGUAGCUUACUCCGCGAAUCAAUCCCUCGCCGCCAGCCAGCAAGACCUCGGCCGUAAUCUCCUCAAGACCGCUCUCGUCCUGCAACUAGUCGUCCUCGCCCUCUUCGUCCUCCUGGCCGCCACCUUCCACCACCGGUGUCUCCGCGCCGGCCUGCGCAACCCCAACCUCCUCAACGCGCUCUACACUCUCUACGCCUCGACCGCUCUCCUCACCGUCCGCACCAUCUUCCGCGUCGCCGAGUACUGGUCCAUCUCGCAGCACGAUUUCUGGAAGCCCGGCGGCAUCGACGUGAACACGCUCAGCCCGGCGCUGCGGUACGAGUGGUUCUUUUGGGUGUUUGAGUGCUCGCUCAUGCUAGUGAACCACGUGCUCAUGAAUGUGCGUCACCCGCGCAAGUACCUGCCGCAGAGUACCAAGACAUACCUGUCGUUGGAGGAUGGCGUGACAGAGGUGCGUGGGCCGGGGUAUAAGGAUGGACGGCCUUUUGUGGUUACGUUGUUGGAUCCGUUUGAUAUUUGGGGGCUGGUUAAGGGAAAGGGCAAGGAGAAGGAGAAGCAGUUUUGGGAACGGGGAGACGUUGAGUCGCAGGCGUAA